UGGGCGGGAGCGCGCGGCUCGUCGCCGCCGCCGGGCUGCCAGGCACGGCUCGGCUGAACUCGGCGCGCUUCGGCUCGACUCGCCUGGGCUCGGCUCGUCUCGGCACGGCCCGGCAGCGCCUGCCGAGCCCCCCGCCCGCUUCCCGCCAUGGACGGGGGCGCCUUCGGAGCGGGGAAAGCCGGCGGCGCCUUCGACCCGCAAGCCUUCAUCCGGCAGCCGCAGACCCUCCUGCGGCUCGUCUCCUGGGUGUUCUCCAUCGUGGUGUUUGGCUCCAUUGUCAAUGAAGGGUACGUGAACCGCGCGGACGAGACGCAAGAGCACUGCAUUUUCAACCGCAAUCGCAAUGCCUGCAACUAUGGCAUUACGGUGGGUGUCCUCGCCUUCCUCAGCUGCCUUCUUUACCUGGCUCUGGAUGCCUACUUCCCGCAGAUCAGCAGUGUCAAGGACCGCAAGAAGGCAGUGCUCUCGGACAUCGGAGUCUCGGCCUUUUGGGCAUUCCUCUGGUUCGUUGGCUUCUGCUUUCUGACCAACCAGUGGCAAGCAUCAAAGAAAGAAGACAACCCAAUGAAUGAGGGAGGGGAUGCAGCCCGAGCAGCCAUCACAUUCUCAUUCUUCUCCAUCUUCACCUGGGCCUCCCUCACAUUUCUGGCUUUCCGGAGACUCAGAGACAUUACUUUUCAGGAAGAGUACAACACCCUGUUCCCUAACUCCCCAUCCUUGCUGCCUUAGCGCCCCUCACUGAUGGGGGAAUUUAGGGGAAGGGAUCGAGGGUUGCAGUUGGAGGAGGUUACUGAGCAGACAGUUCCAAUGCCCUGACCAUCGGUGUGUAGUCACUGUAGGGCACAGGGUGGGAAGACAUGGGCCAUUGAACUGGAGUGGGGUUGUCCAUUGAAGGGGGAUCUCCCUCCAGGGAGUUGGAACUGGCGAUUUCUUCUUGUCCUCCUCCUCUGCUCCCUUCUCUCCCUUACCUGUACCCUAACUAAUGCUGCAUAACACUGCUUGCCAUGCCGUUCUUAUGGUGACUGCUCAGACCUAAUACUUCAGGAGAUGCCCUCUGCCCCAACCACUUUAUCUCCUCCAUUUCCUCCCAGCCUUUAUUCCCCCAAAACCUCUCCCUCCAUCACCUGCUAGACUGCUCACCUCUAUCAGGGAUGCCGUGGAACAAGAAGCCAUGCCUGCUGGGGUGUGCGAUUCAGAACCCAUCCCUGGACUCCCUCAGUCCACCAAACGGUGCCUGAAGUGCCUGGGGUAGGAGGCAGCAGUAUGCUUGCUAACCAUCCCCUUGUCUGGGAAGCAGCCACCUUGCCUCCUGCUGCUCCUUCCCAAGAUCUGUGCUGCACCCUGGGGAUGUUGGCCAGUGAGGGGGUUAUAGGGGAUGACCACUACCUCGCUACUCCAGGUCAGAUCCUGCUCUCCUUCCUGGCCUCUGGCUGUGUACUUCCAGCCCAGCAGGUGAACCGUCUGCUGUGUUGCUGAAACACAUUGCCUUCUCAGGGGCAGGAGGGGCUGAAUGGGAUAACCACAUGCCAAUUGAGCCUCUGCGACCUGUGCCAUGUAAGUGAAAGCCCAUUGCCAGGCAGGUGGUGCCCAGCACACCCCAGAGACAGCGGGGAGCCUGGGCAGGCAGCUGAGCUUGCAGCCAUCCCUGUCUGCCCUCCCCUCUCCCAGCGGCUCAUGCUUUCUAUAGGGUAUCUGAACCUUCGUGCUCUCAGGGGUGUUUCACCAGUGGUCUGCCCUGCAGGCCUUGCUCACUAACCCGUAACCACUACUAACCCCACUUUUGUUUGUUUCUCUUUCUUGGUAUGUUCCCCUUCUCCUUCUCCCCUCCCCUCUCUGCUUCCUGUCUUUUCCCUCCACCUUCUCCCUUAAAGGUGGGCCAGGCAUUCCUAGCGUAUCAGCGUUUCCGGCUGGGUGCCGAUUCGGCCCUCUUCUCCCAGGACUACAUGGACCCAAGCCAGGACUCCGGCAUGCCUUAUGCUCCCUACACGAACGAGGAGGAUGCUACAGAUGCGGU